AUGGAGGAGAUAAAGAAAGCAAGACAAAAGGGAAGAAUGCUACAUAAUUUGAAUAAAUCUCAAAACCACUCAAUGCAAGAGAAUUUUGAUUCGUCAAAUUUUGAGAAGCAAAAAGUUGUGCCUAACAAGUCAAUAAGACUGUCUACAAACUUUGAUGUAUUGAACGAUUAUGAGAAAUUAUCGACGACAUACCACGAGUACAUCAGAGGAAAUGAUAUUACCAAUGAUAUUGAUAACAAGAGGAGAAGUAUCUCCAAAAGAAAAUUUAAAUAAAAAUAUUUCAGAUGCUAAGAAAAGACUCUCUCGAUUAAAGAAACUUACAGAUUUUAAUGAGCAUGGGAUACUCCAGACAAUCUCUCCUGAUUGUGAAAAUUCUAAUCCUCUGGUGAGACAUUCCAUUAAUGGGAUGCUUAAGAAAGAAGAUGGUAGAAAGAAACUAAACCUACAUACUUCCAUGAGUGUUUCUCCAGAUUCCCACUCAUUUAUCCCAGUGGGUAGAGUAAAGUCUACAUUUGGAAAUAAAAAGAAGAAGCUGAAUUUCAACUCAAGGAUGGGAGCUAAAAACAACAAGAAGUUGUAUAUGAAAAUGAGCAAUAUUGACAAAAAAGACACUAAAUAGGACUAAAGUUUCCUCUGGAAGUAUCAGUAAGGGCAGUACAAAAGAACUUGAUAAAAUCAAUAGUCUUAUUCUGAAGCUCAAAGAAGUUACGAGAGUAAAAGAAAACUUAGCAAUUGACAAUCAGAGUUUGAAAUUCAAGCUAGCUGAACUUCAAAGAGAAAAAUAUUCUCUUUCCAAGCUCAACAAGAAAUUGUCUAAAGACUCAAAAAGAAGUAAAACAGAUACAGACUUUAUUGUCUUAAACAAGAAAGAAUAUGAGGCUUUUAAGAAGAGGUACUCAAUUAUGGCAAAGGAGUUAGAAGAAUUUCAUUUAAUGUUUUCUGAUAUAUCCCAAAGUUCUAUCCUGAGGAACCAAAUAGCAGAAAGUUAUCUGCAUAAUGCUUUACAACUUGAGGAUGAAAUCAGGAGGUUCAAGAUUAAGGAAUCAUUGAAUACCCAAAAUUUAGAAACUAAGAUAAAAUUACUCAAAGAGACUCUGACUAAUCGGAACAAAGAGUUUCGGGAAUAUGAAGGGGUUCAGAAAUAAUAACGAACAACUCCUAUCUCUUCUUGAAAAGUACGAUGAUAAAGUUACAGAGCUGCAAACAGAGAUCGACAUUAGAGACCUAAAGAUAGAACAACUUGAGGGAAAGGAAAAAUAAGUAUAAUCUAAAAUCUCUUGAAGAUAGAGUCCAAUUUUUGAUAGAUUUAUUGGAAAAAUGAAAGCAUCAGCUUGGAUACAUCAGUGAUACUGAUACCAGCCCGAAUGAUAAUUAUCAGAAGUAAUAGGCAACAAGAAAAAUUAGCAAGAGGAAAAGAGAUAUUUGCAAACUACCAAAGGCAUAUUAAGGUUGAAGAUCAAGAUCUGAGAACCCAAGAGAGGAGAAAAUUUAGACAUGUGCCUAGAAAUCAAGCUUCUAUAGACUCUUUAAUUCAAGUGAAGAGGGAAGCUCUGACAAGUAAUUGAUGAAGUGUUCUUCACUUCGGUCUUGAGUCAUUAAUCUAA